AUGGCUCCUCCAUACCCCAGCGAUAAUAGCGGGCGACGUCCUUCGCAACCGAGAAAUGACACCGACGGUGAAAUAGCUCGUGAUCUCGCUGCUCUCGAUGAGCGAUAUCCUCGAACUUCGACCAAUUUCUCGAGACCACGGAAUACAGGGCGCUCUUACACAGACCCCAACAAUGAUCGCCAGCGACGAUCUUCCACAGAUGAUACAAAUGUGAGAUCUGGAUCGAGGUCCAGAACUAGAAGACCAGAUGAUGGUUCUCGUCCACGAGCGAGCGGUCCAUACGAAUUGCGACCGAUUCCUUCGAGGACGGAAUUGUCAACUGACCAACCUCCCGACUCUGCGGACCGAACUGAUAAAGAAUUGACUUCGCCCUUUGACAAGACCAGUUUUGGGUUCGGCGGAAACGGUACCAAAUCCUCAGUGCGCGCCGAUAUCAAGAAAUAUCUUCGAGAAAGACGCCAGCGAAGAAUUGGACCUGGCGCAAAACCAACAUGGAAAGAUCGCACUAAGAAACAGCUCGGAGAGUUCCACCAAAAGGUCAUUCUCGAGACAAUUCUUCGCCAAAAACCCCUCGAACCUUUACCCGACGGUCGCCAUAUUCCUCUCAAUCCACCGCAGCGAAGUGCCAAUGGUCUUAUCGACGAGCGUGCAGGAAAGCCGUACUGCAGUAACUUCAUCCGCUCAAGUCGCUACACUAUCUACGAUUUCAUCCCGAAGCAACUCAUCUUUCAGUUUAGCAAGCUUGGUAACUUUUACUUCCUUGUUGUUGGUUCUAUUCAGAUGGUUCCUGGUCUGAGUACUGUCGGAAGAUGGACUACUAUUGUACCUCUGGGUGUAUUCGUCGCAUUCAGCAUGGCCAAGGAAGGAUGGGAUGAUUAUAGGCGCUAUCGACUUGAUCGCCUGGAAAAUCGAAGUGAGGCUUGGAUUCUGACGGAUCGAAAUGCGGAAAAAGGCCGUGUCAGACACGCUGAGAAAAUGAGGAGGCAAAGGGAAAAAGCGUCUGAGAGUGGUGAAGAGCACAUGCUUGAUGAUCUCGAGUCAGGCACCGCAGGAACCGCCAAAUUGGGUGGAAAGGGAGACUGGACUUUGGUACAAUGGCAGCAUGUUCGUGUUGGCGAUGUAAUUCGUUUGCGCCGAGAUGACCCUGUUCCUGCGGAUAUUGUGCUUUUGCAUGCUACCGGUCCUAAUGGCAUUGCGUACAUCGACACCAUGGCUCUUGAUGGUGAGACGAACCUCAAGAGUAAACAGGCCUGUCCUUUGCUCGCCGAGCGAUGCAACACCCUCGAAGGACUUCGCGCGACACAAGCUACUGUCAUCUCUGAAAAUCCUAACCUGGACCUUUACAGCUACGACGGUCGAGUAACUGUCGACGGCGAAACUCUACCACUGUCCAUGAACAAUGUCGUUUACCGUGGAUCUACUCUCCGCAACACUGCUGAGGCCCUCGGUAUCAUUGUAAACACAGGCGAGGAGUGCAAGAUUCGGAUGAACGCCAACAAAAAUGUUCGCGCGAAGAAACCCGCUAUGCAAUCUGUUAUCAACAAGAUGAUCAUGGUUCAAAUCUUCAUCGUUCUCAUGCUCACAAUGGGUCUAACUAUUGGUUACUACCUGUGGCGAGAUGAGACUGAGGAUUUCGCUUGGUACAUCAAGCGACUUCCUUUCUAUAAUGGCAGUGUCGCUUUUAAGGAAAUCUUCUUUGGGUACAUCAUUAUGUUCAACACACUGAUCCCCUUGUCGCUGUAUAUCAGUCUUGAAAUUAUCAAAUUGGGUCAGCUAUAUUUGCUUCAGGAUGCCGAGAUGUAUGACCCAAUAUCGGACACGCCUAUGGUUGCGAAUACGACCACUAUCCUCGAGAAUUUGGGCCAAGUCAGCUAUGUCUUCUCUGACAAGACGGGUACUCUGACAGAAAACAUCAUGCGCUUUCGGAAAAUGUCGGUCGCUGGUGUUGCUUGUCUGCAUGAUAUGGACGUGCAGAGGGAUCAAGAGGAGAUGCGUCGACGAAUUGAAGAGUCGGAACGGCCGAAAAAGGGUAAAAGCAAAGCAAGCUUUUCUACGGCAAAGAAUACAGGCCAUGUCAAGACUUUGGACGGAAACGACGAUACAAGUGGAAGCGGAUCUCGACCAGAGCCUAUUAGAACCAUGUCGACAAGGUCUGCAAGCCAUUGGCAAUCUACUGUCAAUACAGCUGAGAACGCCGACAUGAAGACGGAAGAUUUACUUGAGUACAUUCAGAGAAAGCCGAAUACGGCUUUCUCGCGAAAGGUAAAGCACUUUUUGCUGUGUAUUGCUCUCUGCCACACUUGUCUUCCUGAAAAGACUGAUGAUGGCGACAUCACAUUCCAAGCUGCUUCACCUGAUGAACUUGCUCUUGUUGAAGCUGCCAAAGAUCUGGGAUAUCUGGUCAUUGAUCGGCCUGCACAAGCUAUCAAAUUGGAGGCCCGAGAUGCAGAUGGUUCCCUAUACACCGAGACGUAUCAGGUGCUGGAUGUGAUUGAAUUCAGCAGCAAGAGGAAGAGAAUGUCGAUCAUCAUUCGCAUGCCCGAUGGACGUAUCUGCCUCUUUUGCAAGGGUGCCGACAAUGUCAUCAUGCAGCGUCUGAAGUUGAGUAAUCUCGCCGAAGAAACUGCCAAGAACAUCGGUCGUCGGGCAAGUCAGCGACGAGCGUCUCGACAGGAUCAAGCUUUGCAGCGGAUCAACUCUCAAAAGAGCGUCAGUCCUUAUGGUAGUCCCUAUGGAAGUCCUCGCAAUAGUUUUGGGUUCUCCAGAGCCGAAUCGUCUAAUCGAGAAGGUCUCAGAUUGAGCUUGGGACGACGUUCCACUGAUCUGAAGCGUCUGUCACAACAACUUGCUCGAUCACCUCGUACUUCCACCGAAAUGAUGAGCCCUAGACAGAGUCUUGCUCAAAUGCCCUCGUUCGACGAUGCCGAGCGCAAGAUUGACGAAUCUAUGGCUGCUAAUGAAGGCGCCGUGUUUGAGAAGUGCUUCCAGCACGUCGAUGAUUUCGCCAGCGAGGGACUCCGAACUCUUAUGUAUGCUUACCGUUACAUUGACGAGGACUCUUAUCGCACUUGGAAAGAAAAGUACAGAGAAGCUGAGACAAGCUUGAUCGAUCGUCAGGAGCGCAUCGAAGCCGCGGGAGAGCUUAUUGAGCAGAGGUUCGAGCUUGCCGGAGCGACAGCAAUUGAGGACAAGCUUCAGGUGGGAGUCCCAGACACCAUUGACAAGCUGCGCCGAGCCAACAUCAAAGUCUGGAUGCUUACGGGCGACAAGCGAGAGACGGCUAUUAAUAUUGGCCAUUCUGCUCGUGUGUGUAAACCUUGGUCAGAGAUUUACGUUCUGGACGCGACUUUGGGCGAACUCAAGGAGACGAUUACUGCGACUCUCAAUGAUGUUAGCCGUGGUAUGGUUCCGCAUUCCGUUGUGGUUGUUGACGGACAGACACUGGCCAAGAUUGACGAAGAUGAUGAAUUGUCUCUUCUGUUCUAUGACCUUGUUGUACGUGUUGAUUCUGUCAUCUGCUGCCGAGCUUCUCCUUCACAAAAGUCCAAUCUCGUUCGCUCGAUUCGAAGAUAUGUGCCUAAGAGCAUGACUCUGGCAAUUGGAGACGGUGCGAACGAUAUCGGUAUGAUCCAGGCCUCUCAUGUUGGCAUUGGUAUUUCUGGUCGCGAGGGUUUACAGGCUGCUCGAAUUUCGGACUACUCGAUUGCCCAAUUCCGAUUCCUUCAAAAGCUACUCUUUGUUCAUGGCCGUUGGAACUACAUGAGGACCGGCAAGUAUGUACUUGCAACUUUCUGGAAGGAAGUCCUCUUCUUCAUCGUACAAGCUCAUUACCAGCGCUAUAACGGAUACUCUGGCACGUCACUGUACGAAUCGUGGAGUUUGACCGUCUUCAAUAGUGCCUUUACGUCACUUCCUGUUAUUCUUCUCGGUAUUUUCGAGAAGGAUCUGCGUGCAGAGACGUUGAUGAAAGUGCCAGAGUUGUACACUUUUGGACAGAGGAACCUCGGAUUCAGAUUCUCGCAGUACUUUGCAUGGAUGUUCAUGGGUGCUGCUGGGAGUUUUGUGAUCUGGUACUUUACGUGGUGUGUUUACGAUAAGAUCUUUUAUGAUCGGGAUAACAGUAUCUUUGCUAUGGGUAUGGUUAGUUUCACUGUUGCUGUUAUUUUCAUCAACAUCAAGCUCUUGAUCCUUGAAGUGCACACCAAAACUGUUGUUACCUUUGGUGGUUGUCUGAUAUCUGUCGCUGGCUGGUUCUUGUGGAUGCUGGCCUUGUCAGGCAUCAAGCCCAAGAGUUUUGGCCCUUAUAUUGUUAGGGACGCUUUUAUUGACAACUUUGGUCGCACACUACAAUGGUGGACGCUUGUACUGCUCGAGCUUAUCGUGCUCAUUGUCAUUGAUCUGGUUGUUCAAGCUAUUCGCCGAGUCUAUUUCCCCGGCGACCAGGAUCUGAUGCAACGAAUUGAGAAAGAUGGCAAUGUGGACAAAGUCUUUGGAGAUGGCAAAGACGCUGAAGAAGGCGACGGUGAAGCAGAGAGAAUUCUGUCAAACCAGCCAACCCCGGGUAUUGACAGAGGACAAGAUAGGAGACAUCGUGGGAGCCACGAUGAUUAUCAACCGAGGUUCACGGCGACUGCAGAAGAGAGGGAGAAUCCAAUGGAGCAAUGGCGGGGAUGA